GUGACGCCGCUUGCUAAACCCGCCCGGUUUUUUAAUGACCCAGAAAUACGUCUGCAGGCUUUUUUUAUUGUCAAAGCGAGCCCCACCGGGUAUAGAAGGACCCAGGGUCUGCUAUUGUGGCAAAGCCUUUUGAAUUCUCGUACAGAUCACCCGUAACCAACAGCAAACAUGUCUCCUCACUUCCCGGCACUCACCCCGGACCAGAAGAAGGAGCUGGCAGACAUUGCCCAGCGCAUUGUGGCUUCCGGCAAGGGCAUCCUCGCCGCUGAUGAGUCUGUCGGCACCAUGGGAAAGCGGCUGACCCAGAUUGGACUGGAGAACACCGACGAGCACCGCCGCUUCUACCGCCAGCUGCUCUUCACCACCGACCCCAGCAUCAAGGAGCACAUCGGGGGCAUUAUCUUCUUCCACGAGACGAUGUACCAGAAGACGGACGGCGGCGUGCCCUUCGUCAAGCUCGUCAAGGACAAUGGCAUCCUCGUCGGCAUCAAGGUUGACAAGGGUGUGGUGCCGCUGGCUGGAACCAACGGAGAGGGAACCACACAGGGUCUGGAUGGCCUGGCGGAACGCUGCGCUCAGUACAAGAAGGACGGCGCCGACUUCGCCAAGUGGCGUUGCGUGCUGAAGAUCUCCCCCAACACCCCCUCCAGGCUUUCCAUCGUUGAGAACGCCAACGUGCUGGCCCGCUAUGCCACCAUCUGUCAGCAGAACGGCCUGGUGCCCAUCGUGGAGCCCGAGAUCCUCCCCGACGGAGACCAUGACCUGAAGACCUGCCAGUACAUCACCGAGAAGGUGCUGGCCGCCACCUACAAGGCGCUGAGCGACCACCACGUGUACCUGGAGGGUACCCUGCUCAAGCCCAACAUGGUGACCGCCGGCCACGCCUGCACCACCAAGUACACGCCCGAGCAGGUCGGCAUGGCCACCCUGACCGCCCUGCGCCGCACCGUGCCGCCCGCCGUUCCCGGCAUCACCUUCCUGUCCGGAGGGCAGAGUGAGGAGGAUGCCUCCAUCCACCUGAACGCCAUCAACAAGCUGCACCUGAUCAAGCCGUGGGCCCUGACCUUCUCCUACGGCCGCGCCCUGCAGGCCUCCGUGCUCAAGGCCUGGGGUGGCAAGAAAGAGAACCUGAAGGCCGCCCAGGACGAGCUGAUGCGUCGUGCCAAGAUCAACGGGCAGGCUUCCAAGGGCGAGUACAAGCCCACUGGCACCGGCGCCGCUGCCGGCGAGUCUCUGUUCGUCGCCAACCACGCCUACUAGAGCGGCCACGUGGCCCACCCCGUCCGCCCCCUUUCCGCACACGACCGCGAGAACGGCGCCCACCUGCGGUUCCCGCAUGACGCCGCCUGCUGUCGACGUUACCACCACCACCACCGCCACCACCUGCGGCCGGCUUGGCAGCAAACUGUUUAGCGUCUCAAUUGUACUGGAGCUCUUAAAAAAAAAACACGCGACAUUGGCAUUCGAUAAGCCAACCGUGUGUCCGAUGGUUGAAAUUGUAUUGGCAAGGUAUUGGCUUGUUCUGGUGUGUACUGGCUGAUGUUUCAGGAACAACAACAUCCGAUGUUUUUUGAGUGGUACUUGAAAAUAUUGCGUUUCGAGAUUGCAAUACGUGUUCCAACGAUCGAGAGUUCCGCCCGCAAUUGAGCGCUGGCAGCACCCCCCUCCCCGUCUUCCUGUGCAGUCUGCUCUGGUGUUGCAUCUCAACCCAGCCACCGUGUAGUCUCGUGUACCGUGGUCGUGUUGGUUGUGUGUUCGUGAGCUUGUACCAGCAGACAUUACUGUAAUCUAUACAACUUGUAGCCAAUAUUGAGCAAGCAGAUAAAGUAACCACCAAAAGAGUAACACUCCUGGUUCCCUGUAUGCUGUUCAAUAGGAAUAUUUGAAAUGAGGUGGACCUGUCAUUUCUCAACGUAUACUAUAGACUGCCUAUCAGAAACAGUGGGCAAGAGAAAUAUCGCAAAGGUGAUGAUUAUUGUGACUUUAGACUGCACCAGUGGACUAUUAUUUGUACGCAUAGAUAGAUUGCUCUUCAGCUAUUCCAUCACGCGAACCUAACGGGUCUAGUUAUUUCACGUUUGUGCAUUAUCCUACUCCCCAAAGUGAGCGUGUGUGUGCGUGCGCGUGAGCGUCUUUAACCUGUUGUUGUGUUGGGUGUUGCUGCUUAUUAUAGAGAUUAUUAACAUCGAGGGUUCAACCCGUCUCCCCAGGCUUAUGAAUGUGGCAGGCGACUGCUGGUCAUGUAAUGUACAGUGUCUGUGCUGUGAAGAGGUGAUGUGCACUGAGCAUGAGCAUACAAUAAAAAAGGAGACUUAGA